GAAGUCAUAGAGAAAGUACAUUGAAAAGCUGAAUGUUGACAGUUGAUGAGUUAUUUUACUGUGUGACAAAUGAUAGCAUUUACUUAAUUGGACCCGUUGACUUUGUUGCGUCAUUGAUGGAGAGUAAAACGGUAAUCGAUGUUCGCAAGUCUUGAGUAUCUUUUGAGGUCGAGGAUGGGUAAUUGUAUAUGUGGUCGUGAAACACUUACCAUCAAUGACAGGAGAUUUUACUUCAGGAACCGACUAGGAGAAGGGGGGUUCAGUUAUGUAGACUUAAUUGAGGAUGCCAGAAACCACAAAGACUAUGCCUUGAAGCGGAUCACAUGUCACUCUAAGGAAGAAGAGCGUGUGGCAGCAAGAGAGGUAGAACUAAUGAAGCGAUUUAAACAUCCGAAUAUUGUCCCACUGGUUGAGUCAGCUAAUAUCAAAGUGAACCAGUAUUCCAAGACACUGGACAUCCUUAGUGAAGUCCUGAUAGUCAUGCCUUAUUACAGUAGAGGUUCUGUUCAAGACCACAUAGAGAAGUUGAGUAAACGGUCUGAGAAAAUCCCAGAAGAUCAGAUGUGGACCAUGUUCCUAGGAAUCUGUCAAGCGGUUAAAGAGUUCCACAGUCAGAACCCCCCAUAUGCUCAUAGAGACAUAAAACCAGCUAAUGUGAUGAUGGCUGAUGAUGGUUCUCCCAUUUUAAUGGACCUGGGUUCUGCAGAUUUAGCCAGAGUGGAUGUUUCUUCUGCCAAAAUUUCCAGACAAUUACAGGAUGAGGCAGCAGAACGGUGUUCCAUGUUUUAUCGAGCUCCAGAACUCUUCAAUGUUGAAACAGGAUCCACCGUUGACGAACGGACAGACAUCUGGUCUUUGGGCUGUUUGCUAUAUGCAUUGGCAUUCCUAGAAUCCCCGUUUGAUAAAAUAUAUGCCCAGGGUGGCAGUAUAGCUCUCGCAACACAGAGUGAAAACAUUAAAUUUCCCGAGAAUUCAGGAUAUACCAGUGCAAUACAUGAAUUAAUUGUUAGACUAAUGAAAGUGAAUGUAGCAGAGAGACCUUUUAUUGACAAUGUGAUAGAAAUAGUGGAAGCUAACUACAGAAAAUUCCAAAACCAAGUCUGACCAAUGAGAACACAUAAAAAAUAUUGCCAAAUCAGAUCCAACCAAUCAGAAAAGGCCAUGUAUGCAGACAUUUAAAAUAAAGAGACUUUGCUUUGUUGGGGAAAAUGUAGAGUAACUUGCUUUUGCACAGUCCCAUAUACUUGCAAUUCUGUAUGUCAUGUGAGAAUAAGAAUGGUUGUAGAAUGACAAUAUGCUUGAGGAUUGUCAGAUGUCUACUUUAUAACUUGUAAUUGACUAAUGAAUUCAAUUUGAUGUUUUCAGAUAAUACUUUAGUAUUGUGAAUGGUUGCAGUUGUUUUCAAAUUUCACUUCACAGCUAGUUU